CGGUGUUUUGCUGCUCCAGUUGCCAUCGAACUCGUUCGUUGAUUGAUUACUGUGCAAUGGCGCGCUGUGACUGCGCCUUAUGUCAAGAUUGUGUAAUCAUUGGUGUGAGGGCUUUCCUAGAACGGGAACUGCGAGAGUGGGAGCCACGGAUCGCGCAAUGGAAGGAGGAUAGAAAAAAUUCGGCGGCUCUCGAUCUGCCACGUGGCGGCGGACGGGGGGUGUCGUGCCCUCUUCCGCUUCCGACGCCAGGUGAUCCCGUGCCAUGUCCCAACCGGUUUUCCCGCUCUCGGUGUCCCGGCAUCGUUCCGCUCGGAGACUGCCAGCAAUUAGCGCCCGAUCUGACCACGCGGUGGUGCGAGGCGGCGAAUAUCAUCUUCUUCGCCCGCAGUUCCUUCUUGCGCUGUCCGCAUCCUACGUGUCACAUGGUCAUUGAACGAAUUGCGCCUAGUAAGGAGCCGGCGGGGGGGGGCGGCGGAGCCGGCUCCGCCGCUGCCGCCCUUUGCGAUAGCCUCCGCGAGGUGGAUCUCUCGGGGAGGCCGUUGUCGGAUGCCGCGUUACAAGAUCGCGCUGAGAACAGGUACCGCUGCCCAAUGUGCGGAAUCAACUUCUGCGCCAAGUGCUUGGCGGUGCCCUAUCAUCUCGGGGAGACCUGCGCGGAGAGGAAUGCGCCCAGGUGCUACUAUUGUGAAGACAAGCUGCCAGCUGGUUGGCGGGAAACUUGUGAGCAGAGCUGGAAGAAGGACAAGAAGUCGUUGAGGCGCAUGAAAGAAGCCGCCUUGCGAUUACAACUGGACGUGGGAUGGUGCAGGUCUGUCGAGGAGCACGAAGAGGUCUUGCAGCUGUUCUCGACGGUCUGCGACGAGGAGGAUUGCCGAUCACGGCUCCAGGCGGCAUGUACCAAGAAACUGCCAUGUGGACAUCGUUGUGGCGGCGUCCGAGGGGGAUCCCACUGUCUGCCCUGCCUCAAGGAUGGCUGUGGCGGCGAGGAGCGCGCCGCCGGGGGGCAGGUCCUUCCUUCUGCUGACGACUUUUGUGCAAUUUGCAUGGUAGAGCCGCUGGACAAAGCCCCCUGCUUGUUGCUGGGAUGCAAGCAUGUUGUGCACAAGCRUUGCGCAGAGGGGAAGCUGCGGGCUGGGUAUCCCGGCCCAGCCAUCAGCACCAAGUACUUGGAAUGUCCGAUGUGCUCAAGGGAGAUGAGUCAUUCUCUUCUCAAGACUCUGAUGGAGGAGCCAUUGAAGCUGAAGGCAGCGAUAACUCAGAAGGCACUCAAGAGACUGGAGUUGGAAAGGAGAGGGAACGCCAUUGGUGCAUUGGAGCCAGGAGGGGAGUACGAGGGGAGGCCAGAAGCGUAUGCACUGCACACCUACCAGUUCUUCAUGUGUUUCAACUGUAAGAAGCCAUAUUUUGGGGGAGAGAGACGAUGUGCUGCUCCUGUGGAGGAGGAGAAUGGAGAUGACGGAGGAGCAGAAAAUGCCGCGGCAGGGGAUUACAACCCAGCAGAGCUGAUCUGUGGCGGCUGUGCCGCCAUGGCCAGUGACGCUGAAGAGUGCAAACGCGGCCAUGGAAAAGAAUACAUCCAGUUUAAGUGUCGUCAUUGCUGCUCCAUUGCGACUUUCUUCUGCUUCGGUACAACGCACUUCUGUGACGAGUGCCACAGGUUGCGUCGCAGUCUCGCAGGCGGUGUUGAGGGCAGCGGCGGCAGCGGCGGCGGCGGCGGCGGCGGCGGCGGCGGGGCAGCGCGACGUUGAUGGGAGGAGGAUGAGAAAAAUGUGGUGGAAUAGUAGUAGUAGUAGUAGGAGGACGAGGAGGAGGAGGAGGAGGAGGAGGAGGACAAAGAAAAAAGAAAUGAAGAGAAAAAGGACAAAGAGGACAAGGUGAAAGAUAUGGCGGAACUUGUUGCGGAAGAAGAGGAGUAGUAGGAGUAGGAAGAGGACGAGGAAGAAGAAGAAGAGGAGCUUGAGGAGGGGAAGCACAUGACAGAAGAGGAUGAAGAGGAGGAGGAGGAAGAUGAACAUGAAGAGGAGGAGGAGGAGGAGGGUGGCACAAGAGGUAUGGGGGGAGUCGCACUGUUUUUUUUUUUUUUCCUUCGUCAUUUUUUUCCUUCUUCAAUCAAUCAAGCAAGCAAUC